UGUGUGUGCCAGCACGAUAACUUGAAUUGCCUGAUCAAUACGAAUAGCCAGGCAUACUGUAUCUGCAUUUGUAUGACAGUCAUUCAAAUUGAAUGGACCAAUUGGGACGCCGUUUCCCCCUUUUUUCGCUACUACUCAAUGCGCCCGAUUUGCGGCUAGAUUAUUUGUGAAUAGGGUGUUUCUCUGUUGAGUCUACUUCAUGCCAUUAUGAUGGGUGUUUAAACCAUAUGAGACUCAGUAGACCUCUUGCCUUCACCAUAGUCCCACCCUGGCACAUGUACAUUAGUGGUGUGAGGAACUCCUGCUGAAUGACCAGUGAUGGCACCGAGUGGUGACAGCGAAGACACCAAGAAGUUGGACGGACGUCCUCAAGACGGAGAUCAUGCUGAAGAUAAGAACACAGGUUGCUGCCCCUGGUUCAAGAAUCAUUUGGGUGUGGCCGCCUGCCUGGCACAUGGACUGAUCUACGGGGUCGUUCCUGCAACGUCGCGGUACGUACAAGACCGUGGAUACACCGCAUUUCAGCUCAACCUCUUCAACGAUCUGCUAAUUGUGAUCGCUGUUCUGUGCGUCGCCGCUUACCACAGGCCAAACCUGGUCCCCACCAGCCGUGAACAAGCCUUCCGCUUGGUUUGCCAAGGGGCGGGUCGCUUCGUCGGCAUCUUGUGCCAGUUCUCCGCCUAUCGAUACGCUCCUCCAGCCACUGCCGAAACCGUUAUCAGCCCAAGUACGAUCAUCUUAGUUGCGAUUCUUUCCUGCAUUUUUAUUAAAGAGAUGCCAACACGUGCGACCAUGUUCGGUAGCCUAUGGUGUUUAGCAGGUAUUGCUCUACUUGGAUAUAGCGGCAUCACCAACGAGGGUCCGUCAACGGGAGACACGCACAAUGUUGGUCUGGGAAUGGGGCUAGCUUUCGCCACAGCAUUGCUAUUCUCCAUGCUAUACGUUAACGAUAAAAUCCUUCUGGAAUCCACCUCGAAAACGAUGAUUUUGACGUACACCUACAGCAUGGCAACGGUUUUGUCAGGGCUAUUCACGAUUUUGACGAGCCAAACUUGGUACCUGGAGCCGACUCCUGCCGCAGUCUUAUUUGCAAACUGUGCAAGUCGGGGCACUGCAGUCGUGCUUAUGUAUAUAGGCUUGAAGCUUGUUGAGAUUAAUGCAGCAAUGGCGCUGGCUCAGGCCGACGCGUUUUCGUCCUUCGGACUGCAAUGGGCAAUACUCGGCCUUCCUCCGACCAUCUUCGAUGGGUUUGGCGUGACGUGUAUAUUGAUAGGAAUGAUUUCUAUCUGUGUUUGGGAGGCGCUGGUCCAGCGAAAGAAAGACAAACACGGCAAAUUAAUGAAACAAUUGGACUUUAAUGUUCCACCAUCAGACAACGACGUAAAAACACUGAAAUAAUCGGAAUAUUUCCCAGCCGUCCUAGCAAGCUCUAUGAUAUAUACAUGUCAAUCUAUGAUGUAAAGGUUUUCAUAUCGUACCUUGGCCGUGAUUGGUUACAGGUUGUUUCGCAACAAUGUCAGUUCGCAACAAGGCAAGUCUUUUCGCA